GUAAAAUGAUUACUUAGGCAAAAAUAUCAAUUGAACAAGAUUACUAGAAUAUGAAAAAAAAAAGUAUCUACAGACAAAGGCAAAAAAAUCAAUUUACAAAAGAGGACAAUUUUCAAGAGAAAUUUAUUUAAAAAUAUGGAUCCAAUAAAUUAAAAUAGGUGGAUUUUAUAGAAGUUAGCUUACCAAAAUCAAUAACCAUAGAUAAUAUUUUUAGAUUAAAAUCAAAUGUAUAAAUCCCUCGUAAUGCGAAUAAUCAAAAUUAACUCGGAGAACUCAAUAUUGAUUUUUAUUGUUAUAAUUAUAAGAUAAAUAAAAUUGACAGGAAAGGUAAUAAUGUUUUUAUUACAUUUGAUCCAAUUUAGAGAUGCUUUACUCCAGUUGAAAAUGUUGUUUAAUUUUUAAGUAGAGGAGGUGAAGGAUUGAAAAAAUCUUUCGAGAAAUUAAAUUACAAGAAAUUAGAUUAAUCACAAUAUUAAAUAAUCAAUGAGAGCGAUUUCUUUAAUUUUUAGAAUACACUUGAUAAACCAUAUAUUGGUUAUAUUUCUAAAGUGAGUGAAGAUUAAGUAAUUACCUAAUAACGAUUUAUGAAUGAACUCUAUUUAAAUAUGAUUGGAAUUAAUUCUGAUAUGCUGACCCAUUAUGCAAUGGAUACAGGCUAUUUACCCAUACCCCUAUAUUUUUCUGAAGACAAUGUUAAUUUAUAAUAUUUAAGUAAUUUCUUUACAUUAAACACUUUCAAUAAGUCUGUGAAUUAAAUGGAAGUUUGUAAUUAUAAUGGCUAAAAAUUUCCUGUUUAAAUUACGUUUCACAAUUAUUAUUGUUACAAUGAAAUUGAAUAGUGCCAUUAUGAAUAUUUAUUUUUUAUAGGGGAUGUGGAUAAAAAAUGGAUAUCAAAGUAAAAGGUUGAAGAGAAUUAUUUAAAUUAUUUUAAUUUGAAAAGCGAUCCAUUUAAAAAACCUUAAAUAUACUAUAAUUCAACUAAAAGAUGUGGAUAUAGAAAUGUAUGA